UAUAGUUACAACAAUAAGAUAGAGAAAUUUUGCAUCUGCUUCGUCUCAUAUUCUCACUUUCCUGCACGAAAAGUUUUUAACCCAAAAAAAUUGAGAAGCAUGAGAUUGUUUCUUUUAUUUUCUUUUAGCGCUCUCAUGCUACUUGAAGCAUAUGGUUUUACUAAUGAAACUGAUAAGAAAGCAUUGCUCGACUUCAAAUCUCAAGUUUCUGAAGACAAACAAGAUGUUUUGUCCUCAUGGAAUAACUCAUCUCCUCUCUGCAGUUGGAAAGGGGUUACAUGUGGCCUCAAACACAAGAGAGUUACCCGUUUGGACCUUGGAGGAUGGGAGUUAGUGGGAGUGAUAUCACCAUCUAUUGGUAAUCUUUCCUUCCUCAUAUCACUUGAUCUCUCUAAUAACUCUAUUGGUGGAACCAUCCCUCACCAGGUAGGAAACUUGUUUAGACUUGAGUACUUAGAUAUGAGUUAUAAUUUUCUCAUAGGAGAUAUUCCAGUCGAUCUAGCUAACUGCUCUAGAUUGUUGGAACUUGAUUUAUCUCGUAAUGAUCUUGGAGGAGGUGUUCCUUCAGAAAUAGGAUCAUUGGGGAAGCUUGAAAUUUUAUAUCUUGGUUUUAACAACCUGGGAGGGAAGCUCCCUGCAUCUUUCGGAAACUUGACAUCACUCACGGACGUCAUCCUUUGUUCGAGCAAAAUAGAAGGAAGAAUUCCUGAUGAUCUAGCUAGAUUGAAUCAGUUAGUGUCUCUUCUAUUAGGAGGGAACAAUUUCACUGGCCUCUUUCCUCCCUCCAUGUACAAUAUUUCCUCACUUGAGGUAUUGGACAUAUUUGGUAAUGGUUUUUCAGGUAGCCUAAAGCCGGAUUUUGGUAAUCUAUUACCAAAUAUUCAAUAUUUAUUUAUGGGACGUAACAAUUUCACAGGACCCAUCCCAACAACGCUUUCCAAUAUCUCAAAUCUUCAAUUCUUAGGAAUCGAGUAUAACAAAAUGAUAGGAAGAAUUCCUACUAGCUUUGGAAAAUUAAAGAAUUUGAGAAUUGUGGCACUUCACGGUAAUUCUUUGGGAAGUUACUCUUCUGGGGAUCUUGAAUUUCUUAAGGCUUUGACUAACUGUACCCAGCUACGUACAUUAUCUGUUCGUCUAAAUAGGCUUGGAGGUGACUUGCCUACCGCUAUCUCGAACCUGUCCACCAACCUCCAACAGUUAAACCUCAGACUGAAUUUCAUCUCUGGAACCAUUCCUUAUGAUAUUGGAAAUCUCAAAAGUCUGAAAAGACUUGUGUUAAGCAAAAACUUGUUGUCUGGACCACUACCUAAUUCCAUUGGGAAGCUUUCUAGUUUGGUGGAUUUAGACGUCAGUUCAAAUAGAAUGUCAGGAGAUAUACCUUCUUCAAUAGGUAACAUCACUGGGUUAGAAAAACUAUAUUUGUCCAACAAUAGUUUUGAAGGAACCAUUCCUCCGAGUCUUGCUCAGUUCAAAUACAUGUUAUCUUUGUGGGUUGGGUCUAAUAAGUUGAAUGGGACUAUACCUCAUGAGAUUAUGCAGAUUCCAUCCCUUUUUCACCUCGACUUGUCAAAUAAUUCCUUUACAGGCUGUCUGCCAGAUUUUAUCAAUCCACUAGAACGGCUUGGCACACUGUCUGUUGCGCAUAAUAAAUUAUCCGGGAAACUCCCUCAAGUCUUGGGAGAUUGUCUCUCAUUGGAGAAUCUUUAUCUACAAGGAAACUCUUUUGAUGGUGAUAUUCCAAAUAUAGAAGGGUUGAUGGGUGCUAAAAGACUUGAUUUCUCCAACAACAAUCUCUCUGGAAGUAUACCUGGAUAUUUUGCAAACUUUUCUUCCUUGGAGUAUCUCAAUCUAUCCCUUAACAAUUUCGAGGGAAAGGUGCCAACAGAAGGAAAAUUUCGGAAUGCUAAAGUUGUUACAGUGUAUGGAAACAAGGAUCUAUGUGGAGGUAUCAAGGAGCUAAAACUAAAGCCGUGUAUUGUGCAUGCACGACCAAUGAAGACUACUAGCCACUCCUCUCUUUCAAAGAAAGUUGCCAUUGGGGUAACUAGCGCAGGCAUAGCUUUGCUUUUGAUGGUGUUCAUAGCUUACAUUUCCCUACGUUGGUUCAGAAAAAGAAAGAAGAACCAGCAGACCAGUGAUCCAACUUCUUCAGCACUUGAGGUUUUCCAUGAAAAGAUAAGUUAUGCAUAUCUCCGCAAUGCGACAGAUGGCUUCUCUUCCCGCAAUUUGAUUGGAUCAAGCAGUUUCGGGACAGUGUUUAAGGCAUUGCUUCCAAGAGAGAACAAGGUUGUUGCGGUGAAAGUUCUAAACCUGAAGAGACGUGGAGCUCUGAAGAGCUUUAUGAGAGAAUGUGAAUCCCUCAAGGACAUAAGGCAUCGUAAUCUUGUGAAACUACUGACGGCUUGUUCGAGUAUUGAUUUUCAAGGAAAUGAUUUCAGAGCUCUUAUCUAUGAGUUCAUGCCAAAUGGAAGCCUAGAUAUGUGGCUACACCCAGAGGAAGUGGAAGAGAUUCGUAGGCCCUCAAGAACCUUGACCCUCUUUGAAAGGCUCAAUAUUGCUAUAGAUAUGAUUUAUGUUUUGGACUAUCUUCAUGUUUAUUGCCAUGAACCUCUAGCUCAUUGCGAUCUCAAGCCAAGUAACGUCCUCCUAGACGAUGAUCUGAAUGGCCAUAUUAGCGACUUUGGCAUUGCUCGACUGCUCAUGAAAUUUGACCAGGAGUCUUUGUUCAACCAUCUAAGCUCAGCUGGCGUCAGAGGAACCAUCGGCUAUGCCGCACCAGAAUAUGGAAUGGGAGGACAACCAUCAAUGCAUGGUGACGUUUAUAGCUUUGGUGUUCUUCUUUUGGAAAUGUUCACUGGAAAAAGACCAACAAAUGAGUUAUUCGAGGGAAACGUCACCCUACAAAACUACACCAAGUUGGCGUUGCCAGAGAGGGUCUUGGACAUUGCAGACAGUUCGAUUCUUAAUAGCGGUCUUAGAGUUGGUUUCCCUCUUGGUGAGUGUUUGACACUGGUUUUGGAGGUGGGACUUAAGUGUUGCGAAGAAUCUCCAAAGAACCGUUUGACAACAAGUGGAGCAAGAAAGGAGUUAAUCUUAAUCAAAGAGAGGUUCUUUAAAGCCACAAGAACAGCCAGACGUUGAUGUGUUUAUCGUGACUUUGCAACCCACUUAAAAGAAGGAAUCUGAGACCUCUACAAUAUUGUCUUUCAUAGUUUGUGGUUUUUACUUAAUUAAACAUGAUUAUGCUUGAAGAAUGCUAUGUUAUAUUGAAUAUUGUGUUACCAGCUUUAUAAUUGCAAAUCCUAAAAGCUACAAUUAGGUAUU